UUUUCUGUGGUACGUGAACGCAGCCUGUCGUCAGUUAGCAUUCCGGCUAGCUUUUGCGAACAGUGAAAAUCUAAUGAGUUAAAGUCCUGACUUUAUCUGACUAAAGGACUAUUUUACAACAAUGAAGGGAAUUCGGAAUAUCAGUAUUGUGGCAAGGUUUCCUCUCCGUGCUGAGAUCUGUAGAAGGACCAAAGAUACGACAAUCUGAAAGUCACAAACUAUAAACUGAAGAUGGAGACGGUUCUGGAGAAUCUGGUGUCCAUGGUAAAGAAGAACCCAGAAGGGAUUCCCUUAAAGAAGCUGGCCGUGGUCUACAGUCAGAUGUACCACAAAAACCUGACGCUGUCCUCUCUGGGCUUCGACUCCAUGACCAGCCUGGUCUCCUCUCUGCAUGAUCACCUGGUUCUGGAUGGGGAGCUGGUCUUCCACAAGGACCAGUGGCGUAAACAAAAAACUAAAGCCAGAGCUAAAGCCAGAGCUGAGGUCGAAGCUGGAGCCUCAGCUGACAGAGGGAGAAGUGAGGUGGUUCUGGAGGACAUCGUCACCAUGAUGAAAGAUCACCCAGCUGGCAUUCCUCUGAAAAAGCUGUCCAUUCUCUACAGCCAGACCUACCACAAGAACCUGACACUGUCCUCUCUGGGCUUCGACUCCAUGACCAGCCUGGUCUCCUCUCUGCACGACCACCUGGUUCUGGACGGGGAGCUGGUCUUCCACAAGCACCAGUGGCGUAAACAAAAAACUAAAGCCAGAGCUAAAGCAAAAGCAGAGGUCAACGCUGGAGCCUCAGAUGACAGGGAGAGAAGUGAAGCGGUUCUGGAGGACAUCGUCACCAUGAUGAAAGAUCACCCAGCUGGCAUUCCUCUGAAAAAGCUGUCCAUUCUCUACGGCCAGACCUACCACAAGAACCUGAUGCUGUCCUCUCUGGGUUAUAAAUCAAUGCUGUGUCUGCUGGAGGCCCUGAGUGAAGACCUGAUCCUGAUCGGGGACAUAGUCUUUCAUAGAAUCCACCAGAAUCAGAGCCAGAAUCAGCCUGUAGAUCUGAGAACAUCUAAACCCUUAGGGGACAGCCGGCCACAGACUCCGCACAGCUCUGAUGGUCUCAACUCUGCCCCCCGUGAGGACCCCAGCUCUGCCCCCUCAAUGCAAACUGCACUCAGCUUCCUGGGUCCGCCUCUGAUUUCCACAUUUCCUUUACCCUCCUCCCAGAAUCCUUUACUCUCCCAGAAUCCUCCAGUGAAUCCACUCAUGACUACAAGCAGACCUGCAGAGGCUCUGAGCAAGUCUCAGCUCUACAACAGAGUCUUACAGGUUAUGAGGAGUUAUAAGCUGUUGGCCCCAUCCAUGGAUCAGCUGAAGGCGGCUUACCUACAGAUGUUUGGGGAACUUCUCCCUAUUAAUCAAUAUAUGUCAAUGUAUGACUCCUGGGAAGCGUCCUGUCCUAAGACUCCACCCUUGAAACCAGCACCUGGUCAGAGCAAAGGUGUAUGGAACACACCUGCAGCAGCUCCAGCCGCCUCCAGCCUCCCAUCAUCCUCCUCUGACUUUCCUGUGCUCAGUAAAGAUGCCUCCAGCCCACUGUCGUCCUCUGACUUCCCAGCGCUCGGCACUGAAGCGACCAGAGAGAAGAAGAGUAGAGGGAGAGAGGCGUCUCCGAGAGAGGGCAGUGCCAGUGCUGCCCCUGUCUUUAAGGAGGCGUAUCACGCCCAGCUGAGGGAGAUCCAUGGAGGAAACAUGAGGGCGGUGGAAACGUUGGAGAACGAUGAAGAGCUCACGGGAUGGAAGAGGAAGAAAGUGAUGGAUCAGGAGUCGGUCAACAUCCUGAUGGAGGAAGUGAUGAGAGAAAUUGCAGCAGAGGGAGAGCUGGUGACCAGAGAGAAGGCGAUAUCGAGAGUGUGCCAGCUGCUGCAGAUUCCCUCUUUAGAUGCAGGUAGAAUCAACCCAUGGAAUAUUCCGGCUCUCAGAGACCUCCAGUACAUCAUGAGAGAGAUCAACAUGUUCAUAGAGUGCACCGAGACCGUGACGUCCAUCUGCACGCUCUACGAGCUCGGACAGUCGCUCGCUGGCCUGAAGGACAAGAAGCACUACGAGGAGCUGAACCUGGGGCCGCUCUGCAAACUGCCACUCGUCCACCGCAUGUUCAAGAUCGACAGCAACACUAAAGACGACGACAUCCGCCAGAUACAGACGAUCGACAUCCUAAAGCAACUUCGUGUUUUUCGGCGUCAGGUGAGCAAACCUAAGGUGGACCUGGCUGAGUUCAUGAAGUACCUGGCUGAUCACUACAACUGUGACUCUCCAUACGAGCUGGGGAUCAGGAUUCACAGCAUCGGACUACCUAUAGCGACCUUAAUAAAAGUGAGUCGAGCCGAACACCAGACCCUGGAGCAGGCCCGGGAUGUGAUCCAGAAAGAGCUGAUGGAGGAGACGGAGGAUCGUCUGAGGAAGGUGAAGAGGAGCGUGUUGGAUCCUCUGCAGGGAGCCGCUUCCUCCACAGGAAACUCCGAACUCAGGAGAAAGUACGCCUCCAUGACAGCAGCAGAGGUGGUGCUGGCCAUCUACUCCAACGCUGAGGGGGUGUUCAAUCCUAGGAUGACGAAGCACGUUCAGAGUUUCCUGCUGCAGGUGUCAGGUAACCCGCUGGCGAAGGCUCUGUUCCAGCUCGCCAUCUGUGGAGGAUCUCUGGCGGUUCCUCAGGACCUGGUGCCCAAGGAGAAGAAAACCUCAGAGCAGAGUAAAGCAGAGGACGGCCCCCAGGUGUCCCUCCCCAGUGAAGGUAAAGUGAAGCAGUUCCUGAAAGACAGCCUGUCAUCUCAGAACUCGGCUGUCACACUCGCUCACAUUGCUGCUCUGGAGAAGAAACUGACCAAACACUUCCAGGUCAAAGACUUUGUCUCCUUAAAGCACGGAAACUUCCUGGAGUUCCUGGUCAAAAACCUCCAGCUGCUGCAGGACUGUCUGGGCUCCUCUCUCAUCCUCAGCAGCUGCAGCAUGGAGCUGUCCGGCAGCGGCUUCAGACCGUCCAGACAAGACGUGUUUGAGUUCAUCAACCAGUGUGGAGACAUUUCAUCCACUGAUCCAGAGGAGCUGUCCCACAUCGAGUCAGCUCUGAGGACCCACUUCAAGGUCCGGGACAGUCGGGAUCUGGGCUUUGGGACCCUGCACAUGUUAGCUGGUCUGGUCCAAAGACAGAGAUCUCUGGGUGGAGGAGGACAGAGCCUGGUCCACUAUGAGUCUGCUCUAUUCGCCAGACAGGGCAAACAGAGUGUUGAAAUGGGGGGUGAGGCGGUGGGACGUCUGGGGGAAGUGUCCAAGGAUCAGGCCCUCUCCUGUCUGCACUGCUGCCCCCUUCUGGAGGAUUUAAACCAGUGGAGUCAGUGGGAGCUGGUAUUCAAACCUCAUCACGGCCCGCUCAAAGAUUUCAUUGAGAGAAACGCAGGUAACAGUGGGCUGUUGGCGCUGGAGGUCACGCCCGGUCUGCUGCUUAGGAUUACCUCCCACACUGGAGACAAGCACUUCUCAGCUGCUGUGAUGAACCUCGACCCGGUCGGUACGGCCGGACAUCUGGUUUCCAUGGUGAUUGCUGAUGGAAUUGCCAACGCUCCCACUGCCCUCCUGGCCAAUCACAUGCAGAGGUCGCUGGAUAUAGCCGUGGCUCGAGAAGAGAUGUCUCAGGAUGAAGAGGACAUAUUGUGCUACAGAAGAGUGGCUAAAUUCCUCCUGGAGUGUUUCAUUAGAAUCCCCUCUAGAAUCAGCCAGGCUCUCCUCAACAAGGUGUUCUUGGAGCCCUUCUCUGGUGUCCUGGGUCAGACCAAGUCUAAACUGGUCCUGAUCACUGUGGCCCAGUCUGACCCUAGACACCUGAACUGUCUGCACCGUCUGGGGAUCCUGCUGGGCGUCACCGAGUGGAUGAAAGAUUUCCAGAAGAAACUGAACGCACCACAGAACCACGGGGACAUGCACACAGCUGCUGAGGAACAUGCCAAGUCUAAUCUGAUGGAUUCUGAGAGCAGCAGUCUGUCUGCUCUGAACACGAGUGAAGAUGAGUUCAUGGACGAAAAUGUGAUGGACACCAGCUCUGUCUCCUCCGGUCUCGACCAGAAUCAUCAACCAGUACUGAAUGGCAUCGAGCAUGAUGAAGAGGAGGAAGACGAGGAUGAAGAGGAGCUGUAUGAGCUGACCUCUGUGCCUAACGGAGAAACGUCAGCGGUCAGCAGCGAUGCUGAUGGACGCCAGAAAGAAGACGACUCAGGCACGUCUGAUUCUGAGGAAAGCGAAUCAGAGGAUGACCAAUCAGAGACGGCGAUCGACAUCCACAGAGCCAUCAUCGAGGACAUCAGAAAGAGCGAGUUUGGGAUCGGCGUGGAGCUUAACGCUGAAGGUCAGAAGCUGAUGCAGGUUAGUCAGGAACGUCUGGGCCGGAGCUUGGAUCGCCUCUCCACCGAACUUUACAGCAAAGACACGCACUUCGUCCUGGAGCUCAUUCAGAAUGCCGAUGACAACAGUUACUUGUCAGAGGACAGUGUGGUUCCUGCUCUGGCCUUCGUGGUGGAGAGAGACUGCAUUACCGUCCUGAACAACGAGACAGGCUUCCAGGAGAAAAACAUCCGAGCCAUCUGUGACGUGGGCCGCAGCACCAAGGGCAAACACAAAUACGGCUACAUUGGUCAGAAAGGAAUCGGCUUCAAGUCUGUGUUCAAAGUCACCGACUGUCCUGAGAUUCACUCCAACGGCUUCCACCUUCGCUUCGAUAAGACCUGUGGCCCCAUGGGAUACAUCCUUCCCCACUGGGCCGAUGAUGAGAGGAUGCUGGACGCUCAGCUGAAGGAGCUGAACCUGCAAAGCUGGACCACAAAGAUCUGCCUCCCCCUACGCCCCGACAACCAUCAGACCAGAAACCUCUUCCAUGACGUCCAUCCCUCCCUGCUGCUCUUCCUGCACCGCCUACGCUCCAUCACCAUCUACAACCGGAGCGAGAAGCGUCUAGUGAAGAUGACUCGAAAAGAUCUAAGUGACAGCGUGCUGGAGGUGCAGCACACCGAGGGCGUGCAGCGCUGGCUGGUGGUCAAAAGUACGGUGCAGCCUAAGAAGAUCAAAGAGGACAUUGAAUCCACUGAGCUCGCCCUCGCCUUUGAGCUCCGUAGCAACUCCACAGGAAGUGACAUCAUUUUCCAGCCGCAGAAACAACCAGUAUUCGCUUACCUGCCGCUCCGCAGCUUCGGUUUCCGCUUCAUCAUCCAAGGUGACUUCGACAUCCCGUCGUCCCGUGAAGACGUGGACAGAGACAGCUCCUGGAACCAGUGGCUCCGCUCUGAGAUCCCACAGCUCUUCCUGCAGGCCAUGGACGUCUUUACCGAUCAUCCUGAGUUCAGGGGCCUGAAAGGUCUCUGCCAGUUCUUGCAGUUCAUCCCCCUCCCUGACGAGGUCUUGGACUUCUUCAAACCUGUUGCUGGGCAGAUUAUACAGCUGCUGAAGGGAAAAGCCUUCCUUCCCACUCUCAGCUCUGACGGUCAGGUGGUGUACAAGCUGCCGUCUCAGGUGGCCGUCUGCCAGGACGCUGUGAUCCGUGACGUGAUUGGAGGAGAGGAACUGGAGCGUCAUCUGUCUCUGUCCUACCUUCAUCCUGAGCUGAGCCGGGCUGCGCCCACCUCCCUGCUCACUCACCUGGGAGUCAGAUACCUGCGGGGGUCUGAUGUUACCACAGUAACCACUGCCAUGGCCAAGGAGCUGAUGAGAGUGGAGGGCAUCCAUUCAGAGGGCGGUCUGCAUCAGCUCGCUAGCCUCCUGGUCUGUAACUUCCGUGCUUUGGAGCACGGCUACGGAGAAGCAGAGUCCAUCCUUCAGACCCUGAGAGAUUUACCCAUAAUCCCCCUUGCUGAUGGACGAGUGGUGGCCCUGAAUGGAGAGGGAGUGUUCUUCCCGAUGGAGGAAACCAAAACCAAGAAGAAGAAUGCUCAGGCUGACUCAGGUCCUCUGUCUGCUCUGUAUAAAGACGUCAGCGUGGUUCAUCCAUCUCUGCUCACCUGUGUGGAUCCUCUGCAGAGUCAACAGGUCAGAGAACUGCUCAGAAGACUCGGUGUGCACGACCUGGAGCCUCAGCAGCUGCUGCAGCAACACAUCUACCCUAUCUUACAGAGCAACAAGUGGAAGACAAAGCACCCCAACGUGGUGGUCAGUUACCUCGUCUUCAUCAAGCAGCAUGCGUCCAGUCAGGAGUACGCUGACACUGCAGUACCUGUCCUCACUAACAAAGGACGGCUGGUGUGCCCGUCAGAUGACAGGGUCCACUUCUCUGAGGAGUACGGCAACAUUGACCUACCUGAGACUCUGCCUGGCUGUGAUUGGCUGCUGCUGAGUUCCUGCUACGUACAGACGGAUGGAGAUGUGGCAGGAUGGCGAGAUCUUUUCACUAGGCUGGGAGUCAGAGACGGACUCAUCAUCCGCAGACAGAGACAGACACUCAGUGCCAAAGACCUGGCCUGCAGUCCCUGGGCAGCAGAAAGUUCUGGAUGGUCCCGGUCUGCAGGAGAGGAGUAUGUGAUCGAUGAUUAUCCCUGUGAGGAGUUUGAGGCUCUUGCCUCGGCUCAGCUCUCAAACCCUCUCCUCCUUCAGCAGAGAAUGGCCCUGCUGCAGCUGCUCAACAACAACUGGGACACCGGACAACAUUACUCUCAGUACCUCACUGCUCAGGUGAUCAAUCAUGACGGACAUCCAAUCAAAAACACUCGCUCCUCCUUCUUCCACCUGCUGUGCACUCUUGAAUGGAUCCCAGCCUAUCAGCCGAUGGAGGGAGGCAACAAAGACAGGAAGUACCUCUGUCCAAACUCUGUGUAUCUGACCUCCCCUGAGAUCAGCAGCCUGCUGGGGUCUCAUGUCUGCUAUGUGGACCUGGAGCCCGGCGAGUUCAGCAGAGCUCUGGGAAUGAGACACAGCAUCAACGUGGAUGUUCUGAUCAAAUACCUGAAAGAGUGGUGUACUAAACCAGACGAUGAGGAGCAGACAGCUGCUGAUGAAGAGUCAGAGGGGCGGAGCUUCACUUCCACCUUUCAACACAUCCACAACGUGUACUCGUACCUCAACAACAACUGUCCUCCCGGCAGUCUGAAGGAGCUGUUCACGCACACGCCGGCUGUCUUCAUCGAGUACAACAGGAGAAAUGACGGCUGGUGUUCUGGACGUUUCUACCACCUGAAAGAGGUCUGUUGGAGCGACCCUACCACCAUGUUCCAGCGUUACAAACAGCUGACUCACGGAGCAGACUCCCCGGUCCAGCAGCCUAAAGUCCUGGCUCCUUUCUACAGCCCGCUGGAGGGCAUGAAGGCCUUCUUCAUCAGGCAGCUGAAUGUGGAUCUGAGUCCAAACAUGAACCAGUACAUCGGCCUGUUAGAGCUGGUCUGCUCAUCCUGUUCCUGUCCAAACACUGAAGUCCUGCAGGACAUCUCUGUACUUUAUGCCAAACUGGCUCGGAUAUGUACCAUCCCAGUAUCAGGAGACCAGGAGAACAUGGCUCUGCCUUCACUGAACCAAGCCUACUGCUCCACGCUCAAAGGUAUGGUGUCUGAUAAGAGGGUCUUUCCCACCAAAGAGAACACCUGGGUGACUCUGGCUCGUCGACCCAUGAUCGCUGACAACAAGGAGCUGGAGAAAGUCUUUAAAUCUCACAGAGAGGUGUGCCUGCUCAACCUGCCGCCAGCAGAGAAGAAGAGCGCCCCCAGGAGGACGGGGCAAGGUGCAGAUCGAGGUCACGGUGAGGCAGCGUUCAGUGAGAAGGACCGCUCCCUCUUCCUGGAGAUCUGUGGGAUCAAACGCUUUUCUGACUGCGUGAAGUCUGAGCCGGUGACGGAGCACUUCAGGCCAUGUCCGACCAUGCAGGCCAUGGUCCGCUCUGUGGUCCCCUAUAUCCAGAAGUUCCUGUUUCACCACGACGAGCUGGCAGACGUUUAUACGGAGCUAACAGAAAACAACAUCGCAGAGAGGAUCAGAAAGCUUCGGUUCAGUCAGGUGGGGAAGCUAUACAUCCGUUAUCAACUGGACAUACCGGAGGGCGAGGAACUGGUGGAGCUACAGGAUGUCGACUGUCUUCUGAAGGACCAAAAGGAGCUCUGCAUCCAAAAAGACCACCUGUCAGCCAAACUGGAGGUCUGCAGAGAGCUGGUGAAACUGUUCUGCACUGAGACCACUCACAGGAAGGAGCUGAUGCGUUUCCUGAGUGGCCUGAUUACCUCCAUCAAUGACCAGGACCCUCGAUCUCUGCAGAGGUUCCUACAGAGGGAAGACAUCAGAGAGCUGCCUGCCGACGAGGAGCCAUGGGAGGUCCCGGAGCCCUCCAGACCGGAGGUGAACCUGGAGAGAGUUCCAUCCAGGGGUAAAACCCCCACAGAGGUGCCAGCUCGCCCUGCACACGAGGACGGGGAGGAGACCCUGGUAUGCUGGCCUCCUCGAGCUUCGAUUCAGAACACAGGAAGCAACCGCACAGCUUCUGCAGACGGAGCAGGCGUGGUGGACGCCGUCAUGAAGAUGUGGCCGCCGCCUGCAGGACCCAAAGACAGAGACCCAGAGAGAGACACCGCCGCUCAAGGUAGCCACAACUUCCCCCGUCCCAGCAGCCAUGAAGGGCACCAGCCAAUCAGGACCAGCCAAGAGGGGAACCAGCUGAGCAGGACCAGCCAAGAAGGCACCCAGCCAAUCCGAACCAGCCAAGAGGGGAACCAGCCAAGCCAAGAAGGGAACAAGACAAUCAGGACAAGCCAAGAGGGGAACCAGCUGAUCAGGAGCAGCAUACUUUCUGAUCAGUCUCAGAAAGUCUUUAUCCAUCCACCUAGUCCUUCAGCAGUGAGCGCUAACGCUCCACAGGCUCCAGACAUGGAUCAGCAGAGCAGGUCUGAAGGAGCCAAAGGAGGACAGGAACUCCUCACAGGUCUCAGCCCAGCUCAGGCUCCUCCUCCUCCUGCACCUCCUGUUGAGACGGCGGCCAGUGAGACGCCAGCGGUGAACAUCCACUCUGCCCCUGAGGCCAUGCUCCACCCCUCUAUGUUUCAGGGGGCUUCAGCAUCUGUAGACCGCCCCCCUCUGAACCUGGACUUCCCUGUUUUGAGCUCUCAGAUGGUGCUGGAGGACAUGGAGCUCCACUGUCAGAGACCGAGCACAGUGGUGCUGUCAGAAGACCACAGGGACCUCACCACCAUUGGAGAGUGGGGUGAGCAGCUGGUAAACUCCUUCCUGUGUCACUGGAGAGACAGCGGCAACCCGGGAAGCCCUGCCCACGUCCUGUGGUGCAACCAGAACGGAGAGAGCGGGCAGCCAUACGACUUCAAGCUGACGUUCAGCUCCACGGGGACGCCAGGGGUGGUGUACGUGGAGGUGAAGUCGACCAUAAAGAAGGAGCGGUCAUUCAUCCACCUGUCGGCCAACGAGCUGGACUUCGCUCUGAAGGAGAGAGAGCGCUACCACGUCUUCAGGGUCUACAGCGCCGGAGACUCUAACAACGUCCGUCUGUGUCGCAUCCAGAACCUCGCACAGCACCUGCACACCAAGGAGCUCAACCUCUACCUGUUCGUCUAGGGUUACCCUAACACCUGAGGAACUUCCUGUUCCUAUAAACACCUGAGGUUCCACCUGUUCUUAGCAGAGCCACGUGUUUCUACCUGUGUCGUCGUCAGAGGAUCAGCACUGUUUUAGUUCUCUUCAGUUUUUUGUGACGACUUUUUUUUAACUGUUCCUGCACUGAUUUAUUGUAUUUUAAUGUGAAUUAUUCUAAAGUUUGUUUUUGUGAUUUCUCCUGUUUCUGAGGAACAUUUUGCACAUUCCUGUUUUAUGUUUUUUAGUAUUUUAUUGACAACAAACUGCACAUUUAGCUGUUUGUUUUCUACAAAAUGUUGGAUGGAGCAGAUAAACUGAAUGUAGUAGAUCUUUUUUAUUCCCCAAACAUUCCUAGAGAAUAAAAUACUUUGUCUGCA